AAUGUCCAGGUGGGCAUGGGUGGCGAUGUGGCAGAAGCUCCGACCCUGGGGCAGGGGCGGGGCGGGGCGGGGCGGGGCGGCGCGCCCGGGGCGGGGCAGGGCGAGGCGCGCGGGGCGGUCACUGCAGCGCCGCUGGGGGCCGCCCGCGGACCGUGGCCGGAGCGGGCCGGGCGCCGGGUCCCUCGGCACACGCUGGGCGGCCGCGGCGGGACACGCGCGGCGGAGAAUGCGGAACCGGCCGCGGGCCGGGACGGCGGGGAUGGCGCAGGGGCGGCGGCGGGCGGCCGGCGCGGGGCGCUAGCGGCGGCGGCGGCGCGGACAUGGCCAAGGAGCGGCGGCGGGCGCUGCUGGAGCUGCUGCGGCGCGCGGGGAAUGGGCGCUGCGCCGACUGCGGCGCCCCGGACCCCGACUGGGCCUCAUACACGCUCGGAGUCUUCAUCUGCCUCAGCUGCUCCGGCAUCCACCGCAACAUCCCCCAGCUCAGCCGCGUCAAGUCUGUGCGCCUGGACACCUGGGAGGACAGUCAAGUGGAGUUCAUGGCAGCCCACGGGAACGAGGCCGCCAGAGCCACGUACGAGGCCCAGGUGCCGCCCUUCUACUACCGGCCCACGUUCGCCGACUGCCAGCUACCGAGAGGGCUUUCUGUGGAAGCGAGGCCGGGACAACGGGCAGUUCCUGAGCCGGAAGUUUGUGCUGACGGAGCGGGAGGGAACCCUCAAGUAUUUCAACAGGAUUGAUGCCAAGGAGCCCAAGGCCAGCAUGAAGGUGGAGCACCUGAACGCCACCUUCCAACCGGCUAAGAUCGGCCACCCGCACGGGCUGCAGGUCACCUACCUAAAGGACAACAGCACCCGCAAUGUCUUCGUCUACCACGAGGAUGGCAAGGAGAUGGUGGACUGGUUCAACGCGCUCCGAGCUGCCCGCUUCCACUACCUGCAGGUGGCCUUCCCCGGUGCCAGCGACGCAGACCUGGUGCCAAAGCUGUCCAGGAACUACCUGAAGGAAGGGUACAUGGAGAAGACGGGUCCCAAGCACACCGAGGGCUUCCGGAAACGCUGGUUCACCAUGGAUGACCGCAGGCUCAUGUACUUCAAAGACCCGCUGGAUGCCUUUGCCCGCGGGGAGGUCUUCAUCGGCAGCCAGGAGAGUGGCUACACGGUGCUGGAUGGGCUCCCACCGGCCACCCAGGGCCAUCACUGGCCACAUGGCAUCACCAUCGUCACACCCGAGCGCCGCUUCCUGCUGACCUGUGAGACGGCCGCGGAGCAGCAGGCGUGGGUGGACGCGUUCCGGAGGGUGGUGGAGCGGCCCAUGUUGCCGCAGGAGUAUGCUGUGGAAGCACACUUCAAGCACAAGCCCUAGGGACCCGGGACCUGGGCAGGCGGCUGCAGCCUUGUUUGGGCCUAGCUGACCUCUGACCCCACGAUGCUGCUCCCCUUUGUGGAUCACGGACUCGCUGGCUGCAUCUGAGUGGGACUUGGUGGUUGCAGCCUUUGGUUCCCCCCACCCCUUAUUUAUUGAGCAUCUUGGGGGAGGUGGGUGGAAGGAGCCCCCUGCGGCCCACCUCAGCAACACUGGCCUGCGGGCUCAGGCCAACCUGCCACUGUGCUGGGAGCCAGCCCCGGUGUCGGGGGUCCUGCCUCCAUCAGCUCUAAUGGGGUGGUGGAGGGGGUGGCCAGUCUCACUGGGGGCAGGAACUGGGGAGGCCCCUGGCCCUCAAGCUUGUGUGGAAUGGAGCUCCCCAACUCUACAAAGGGCACUUGAGCUGGGGAGCCCCCUGGACUGGGGAACCCAGAACAGGGGGCCCCCCUCCCACUUUCCACAGGGCCUCUGGACAGCCAGUGCCUGAGUCUGAGCAGAAGCAGGCACCAAACCCUUCAGGGCCCUGCCUCGUGCCGUCCAGUCUGUCCUCUGCCUGCAGGGACUCAGCGCUGCCCCUCAGCAGACAUGUCAGAUGGCACCACCCUGUCUGGGGACCAUGGCCUGGCUCGCCCCGGCAGGAUGUAGCUGAGAAAGGACAUGCAGCAGAGCGCAGUACAAAGGGUUUAUUGAAACAACAGCCGACGCCUCCCCAGCUCCCUCUGACAGUCAAUAAAGCCGGUUCCCUCCUCUCCA